GUUCAUUUAACUACCGGUAGUCGCUCCAUUUUCGUUCGGCACUUCUCAACCUGUUCUGCAAAGCUGUAGGGUCAUGAAGUUUUGCCCAUCAUGAGCUUCCCCGGUGCUGCGCCGCCGCCCGAAGGCGUUAUCCCUGAUCUUGCUCACCCGCAAGAUGUACUGAGAACUGUGAAUUAUGUCACACAAGCGCUGACAAUCUGCUUCGUCACUAUCUUCGUGGGAAUACGAUUUUAUGCCAAAACCAGGUUGCUAGGAGGGGGCUUUACAGCAGAUGACUACGCGACGUAUUCGGCUUAUGUACUCAUGAUAGGGUACUGCAUCACUGCGUGCUUUGCUGGUUCACAUGGUGGAGGUCUAAACAUGUGGGAAGUCUCCAAGGAACAAGCUCAAUUAUACUUUAAGUCUUGCUAUGCCGCUACGAUCUUCUACGCCCCGAUGGCCAUGACCGUCAAACUGGCCCUGCUUAUUAUCAUCAUCCGAGUCUUUGGAUCUGUCCACCGGCGAACCCUCAUCGGAAUCUACAUCUUUAUCGGUAUGCUCGUGGCAUAUUACGUCUCCGGCUUCUUCAUCAAAAUCUUCAUCUGCUGGCCGAUUCACGCAUACUGGGAGGGAGAUACCAGCAAAUGCUUGGACCAGAGCGCUAUCGUUACAGCCGACUCUAUAAUCAGCGUGAUUAGCGACUUAGCCAUCCUGUUAUUACCGACACCCCUUACCUGGUCACUCCAGCUGCCUCGACGAAAACGAUUCCGCGUUGCAGGGCUGUUAUGUGCUGGCGGAGUUGCCACAGGCUUUAGCAUUUAUCGCUUAGCAAUGAUUGUUGAUGAGGGCAAGUCUACAAACAUGACGAUGGUCUUUAUCAAAGUCAUCUUAUCGGGUAACGCUGAGGUUGGUAUCGGCUUAAUAUGCGCCUGUCUUCCAGCCGUCAGUACCCUCUACGUUCAACGCGCUCGAGGCUCCUCAUAUUUUAAGAACCCCGGUCAAUCAAGCGUCAGCGGCCGCGGCGAAAUCAUCUUGACGAGAUCAUAUCACGUCGAUAGAUCGGCAUUAGACAAGACCAUUGACGAGAACGCCAUCGAGUUGGGCCACGAUGAGACUGGACUAGUGGCCAAUAUCGAGACUCGAGUCCAUGCGAAUGCCGCAGAGAGCCAUCACUCUACUCGGUCCGACGAGACGCUAUGAUUUCUUUCUUUCUUUUGUUUAUUAUAUAGUCAAAAGCUUUGCAACAUUUUUACAAUUUAAUUAUAAGAUUUUUAGGUUUAUGAGCGGAUAUGAGCGAGGACUUAGAACGAGACUGGGCUUCAUUUUUGCGGUCGGAUACAAUUUUCGGAAAUCUAAUUAUAUACCAGCCUUUUCGUUAGACAAGCGCAAUCAAUAGUAUUGUAUUAGCCUAUUAGAGCCUAUCUAUGAUAGAAUAUAGACGAAAUGU